AUUGUUGUUUUUUAUUUUGAAGUGAGCGGGUUUGCGUAACGUGGGGAAUUUAAUUCGAUUUGAUUUGAAAUUAUUAAUUCUCGUUAUGGUGCUGAUCAAGGAAUAUCGCGUGUGCAUGCCACUAACCGUGGAGGAGUACAAAAUUGGACAGCUUUAUAUGAUAGCCAGGCACAGUUUGGAGCAGUCGGAGGAGGGCGAAGGUGUUGAGGUUGUCCAGAAUGAGCCAUGUGAGGAUGAAGUCCAUGGCAAGGGCCAGUUUACCGAGAAGCACAUACACUUGUCCAAUCGCCUGCCCUAUUGGAUACAAGCCAUUUGUCCUCGUGUUUUCUAUGUGAUAGAAAAAUCAUGGAAUUAUUAUCCUUACACUCUGACAGAAUACACGUGUUCCUUCAUACCAAAGUUGCAUGUUCUGAUUAAGACCAAAUACGAAGACAACAACGGCAACACAGAGAACUGCUUGGAUUUAACAGAGGAGCAAUUGAAACAGCGUGUAGUAGAGCAAUUGGAUAUUGCUUUCGAUGAGUUUCCCACAAAGCAUUAUAAACAAGAGGAAGAUCCCAAGUUCUUUAAAUCACAAAAGACAAAUCGCGGUCCUUUGUGUGAGGGUUGGCGUGAAACCGACAAACCCAUCAUGUGCUCCUACAAAGUCGUCGAGGCUAGUUUCGAGAUCUGGGGCUUUCAGACUCGUGUCGAGGAUUUCAUACAGCGCAGCAUACGCGAUAUUUUACUUUUGGGCCAUCGGCAGGCCUUCUCCUGGAUAGAUGAAUGGCAUGGCAUGAGUUUCGAUGAUGUGCGUGACUAUGAACGCCAAAAGCAGGCCGAGACAAAUCAGAAAGUUCAAACUGGACAAGAUGCAGCCACAGCAGUUGCCGCUGCUGUUGGUGAGGGUGAAUAGAGAAAUUAAAUUGAUUAAAAUGUAAUUCAAAAUUUCAUGUAGAUCACACACCCAAUAGUAACAAAUUGCAGGCAGUAAAUUGUACCUAUAAUAUUUAA